GGUCCGGAGAGGAGCUGUGUCGCUUGCUGCUUUUGGAGGAAAUAUCCGCUGUGAUGAGGCUCGUGACGUUUUCCGCCUUGUGCCUCACUCUGAUCACGUGCUCUGCAGCCGCGAGCGCUGUUUUCCACAACUCCAACUCCAUCAAGUUGAGUCCAGCUGCGGCCACCGCGAGUCCAGAUGUGCAACAACCAGUGAACGGCGGGGAGCAGAAUUUAGUCACUAAUACAGAGCAGCCGCUUGUGUGCACAGCUGACUCUCAGUGCGCGCACGACGAGUUCUGCGUCUUCUCUCGUGGCGCGUGCCUUCAGUGCAGGAAAAGCAGAAGGCGCUGCUUCCGGAAUGCCAUGUGCUGCCCAGGCAACCACUGUACCAACGGAGUGUGUCAAGCAAACGACCCAUACCUGAUUCUCCAAAAAGGAGUAGAAGAGCUUGGACCCGUCAACACUCUGCGUGAGGAGAACACUACAGCGGUCCAGCAAUCCAGAGUCACAACUCAAGGUGCACCUCAAAACAUUAAAGGUCUGGAAGGAGAGCUCUGCCUGAGAUCUUCAGACUGCAUGGAGGGUCUGUGUUGUGCCCGCCACUUUUGGUCCAGGAUAUGCAAACCAGUGCUGAAAGAAGGCCAGGUGUGCACGAAGCACAAGCGGAAAGGCCCUCACAAUCUGGAGAUCUUCCAGCGGUGCAACUGCGGGGAAGGUCUGAGCUGCAGGAUGCAGAAAGGAGAUCACAACAAGGCCUCACGAAGCCUCCACAUAUGCCAGAGACACUGAGAUGCUCCACUCAGGGAUUAUUUCACUGAAUGUUUCUGGGAAGCGGAACCAGUCUGAAAUAACAUAACAUAGAAAAAAAAAAUCACCGGUGGAAAUGGAUAUGGAACAGGAUGCUCUGUUUUUGGUUUCUGUUAACAUAGGUUAACAUGCUAUGUUAUGUUCUUAUUUCUUUCCAUCUCCAGUUGUGUGUGUCAACAUCGCAGAGUAGAUAUAAAUGUUUCUCUAUGGAACUUGGCAUUUGAUGGUUGCAGUACAUUACUGUAUUGUAAAUACUAUUAGGAAGUUGGCACUUAACUCUGAUUUUUGUCAACACACAGAGGAUACAUCACCCCCUUUUUGUAUAUACAGAUUUUCACAAUCAUUCAGAGU